AUGAAAUAUUGCGAGGUGGUCCGGGAUCUGGCUGCAAAGGGGGGAGAUUGGCAUUGGUAUGAUGAACAAUUUCGUUACGUAAGACAAUCGGCACCAGAGCAGUAUCCAUGGGAUAGGAUACAUUGGGAGUUGUGGUUACGGGCGUCAAAUACUUUUCGCAAACCGCAACCGCCCACCAACAAACCACGUUUUCGUUCUCAAUUCUUUCCGAAAGGGACCUGCUGGGCCUUUCAAGCAGGUAAGCACUGUUCCGGAUGCAAAUUCGAAGACGUGUGUUUUAAAUGUGGUGGAAAACACCCGGGCGGCCAGUGCUCAGCUUCGGCGCCCAAAAGUGGAUUCCCUUUCAGUUCAAAAGGCAAACGAGAUAGUACAUCGGGUUCUCCACAGCAAGCCAGUCACGCCAGUAAGAGUGAAUCGGCUUGAUUUUUUGCUGCAUGGUUAUGACAGAGUAUUAAAACAAUUUCUUGUUGAUGGUUUUCGUUUUGGUUUUCGUAUUCACUUUGUUGGUGAGCGGUUUUCGUCUGAGUCUCCUAAUCUUAAAAGCGCGCUGGAUCAGCCAGUGGUAACG